AUGGAACCCUCUUCAAAGGGGCCCCGUCAGACCAGCAGCAGCAGCAGCAGCAGCAGCAGCAGCAGCAGGGAUGCUGGAGAGCUUGAGGAAUGCUUGCAGGUGCUUUCAUACGAUGACCCUUCGGUAGGGGCCCCCAUCAACCCUGCAGGCCUAUCGUCAUUAGGGGGGCCCCCCUUAUAUGAGGGGCCCCCCUCUGGAUUACUGAGGGUACAGCUGCCGUUGCAGGGGCCCCCAGGAGAUGACUAUGAAGGCUCUGCUUCUACAUUUGGUGAGGGGCCCCCUCCUCUUAAAUUCUCUGCAUUAAAUCGAAUUAUUCAGGGGGCCCCUUAUAUGGGGGGCCCCCUGGGUACCCUGGGGGCCCCCCAUAUAGGGGGCCCCUGGACCCCUGGGGCCCCAGGGCCCCUCCUUUGGGAGGCCCCCUAUUGCUGCGGCAACCCUGCAGUUGAACGCGUUAGCGGUGUAAUUAGAUAUUUCAAUGCAGCGCCUAGGGGCCCCGAGGGACACGUGAGGGCCCCCCUGAAUACCCAGCAGCAGCAGCAGCAGCAGCAGCAGCAGCAGCAGCAGCAAGGGGUGCAGGGGGAGGAAGAGCAGCAGCAGGGAGGAGAUGAUGCAGAAGCAGCAAGUUAUACAAACCGCAGCACCAGUCGCAGCAACCACCGCAGCAACAGCAACAGCAGCAGCAACAGCCGCAGCUGCAGCAGCAGCAGCAACACGGAGGAGCAUAAAAUAAAUACUCGCGCUGCUCAGGGGCCCCUAUCCAGCUGGCUCGGCAGCAUGGAGGGGCCCCCUAUAGGGGCCCCCUCAGGAUCUUCUAUGGGGGCCCCCUCAGGAUCUUCUAUGGGGGCCCCCUUGGGGGGCCCCCAGGGGCCCCCAAAGAUAGAAGAGGAUCCUACUGUUGUGCUGGUUGCCCCCCGUAUCCCUACCUAUGUGCCGCCUGCUGCAGUAUGCAGUUUGCUGCUAGCAAAUAGCUGUCCGUUUAUUCAAGCGAAGGUUCUAGAGGGGCCCUCUCACUUAGAGUACUUCAUGCUGCUGCAAGCAGAGAAGACAGCAGCAUUGGGGGCCCUUCAAGCUCUCAGCGGGGUGUUCCUUGGGGGCCCCCUAGGCACAUUCUUUGAGCUUCAUCUUGUUGCUGAAGUGUCUAUACACCUCCAGACAUGCAAGGGGGGCCCCCGUACUAGUAAUACCCUAGGGGGGGGCCCCCUGGGGGCCCCCUGCCCUAUAGAUAAAAUGAUUAACAAUCAAAAGAAAGGGGUUAAACCUAUACCCUGCUUCCCUGGGCCAAUAGGAUCUGCAAAGGGGGCCCCCAUGGGGGGCCCCCACCAACUCCGAGGCCCUUCGCAACCUGCUGCUGCUGCUGCUGCUGCUGCGGCUGCUGCUGCUGCUGCUGCUGGGGCUGUUGUUCCUGCAACAGCAGCAGCAGCAGGAGGAACAGCAGCAGCAGAUGAGACGGAAGAAGGGGGGCCCCCUGGGGGCCCCCCUGGGGGCCCCUCCAGCGAAAUGUUUGUCAAUCCGCUGCAGCUGCUGCCCUGCUACGACUCGCUGCACUUCUGUGCUGUCUGUCUUGAGAGGCUCACUGUAACAAAGCCCCCUGCUGCUGCUGCUGCUGCUGCUUCUGGGACUGGGGCUGCUGCUGCUGCUGCUGCUGCUGCGACGGCGGGUGCGGUAGCGGGGGACUGUUCGCCGGAAAACUCAGCAGCAGCAACAGCAGCAGCAGCAGCAGCAGCAGGUGAAGUGUGUGUUGUCUCUGAAUCUGCAUCUGAGGUGUCUCCUUUAGCUGAUGCAUCCAUACCUUUCGCUGUCUCUUCGUCUGGGGCCUCACCCCUUCAAAACACCCAAUCCUCUUCUCUCUCUUCUCUAUCACGGGGGCCCCCCUUUGAGGCCCCCCCAACAGGGGCCCCCCCAACAGGGGCCCCCCCCACAGGGGCCCCCCUAACAGGGCCCCCCCCCACUGGGUCCCCCCCCAGUGGGGCCCCCACAGGGGCCCCCCCAAGUGGGGGCCCCCUAAGUGGGGUGUGUGUAUCAUCAAGUGGGGCCCCUUCAGUCGUUUCUUCAUUAGCAUCGAUGAUAAACACAUCAGAGUUGUCCCCUUCUGCUUCUUCUUCUUCUUCUUCUUCUUCUUCUUCUUCUUCUUCUUCUUCUUCUGCUUCUUCUUCUUCUUCUUCUUCUUCUUCUUCUUCUUCUUCUUCUUCUUCUUCGUCUUCUUCGUCUUCUUCUUUGUUGUGUACAGAUAUGCCCUUAGCAGUUCUAUGCGGUCAUUCGUUUCACGUCUCUUGUCUUCAGAAGUGGCGCGAUAACUCUUGUCCUGUUUGUCGUUAUCAGCAGCACCCUGCUCAUCCUUCGUCUUGCUCU